ACCUGCUUUGCACGAUCGCACAAUCGCACCACGCGAAUCCCACACAACACGACUACAUUCAACUCCGCCACCGCAACAGUCGAUCCGAUCAUUGGAGCUGCAAAUUCAGUAAAACACAGCUUCAUUCAUCCCUGGGCAAGGACAGCUGCCUUUCCGACCAACUAGUAAUCACCGGCUUGCAUUCGCCAUCGUCAAACGCACACCAUGCGGUUCUCCAGUUCACUCCUCGCGCUCGUGGCGGUAUCCUUCUCGGGUACCUCGCUCGCCGCAUCGCUUUCCGACUUCCAACCAAGCGUGAACAACCUGCCUGGAAAUUGUCAGACAGUAUAUACUGCCGCAAUAAGUGGAUGUAGCGGUGCGGAUUUCGGAGGGAAAUGCAGUCCAGCCUGUAUUAAAGGUCUUCAGUCGAUGACCUCGUUCGUCCAGAUGGCCUGUACUGGCAUCAACUUUCAAAAUCAGAAUCUGAUCUCUGUUUUCCUGUCCGGCAUGGGACCUGCGAGUCUGUGUCCAAACCUGGGUGCAUCUUCUGGCAACAACAGCCCGACUACCACCUCUCAGAAAACAACCACAUCUGCUGCAACCACUUCGCCGUCGACAGCAAGCACCGGGAGCACGCAAAGCACGGCAUCUACAAAUUCGUCAAACCAAACAACUUCCAGCUCGCCAAGCGCAACCAGCACAGCAACAAGCUCGACCAAGACCAGUCCAACGACAACUUCGGCAGGCCAGACCAACGUGCAGACAUCUCCGACAGCCUCGCCGCCAGCAUCAGCACAAUCACAGUGUACCAGCCGUGGUGGCGGUGGCAGUCCGUUCGACAUUCAAGGAACCCAGUGCUCAUCCGCAAGCAGCCUUACUACCUGGACAGGAACUACCAUGCUGCUGGCAGCAUUGAUUGUCCUGGUCGUACUAUGAUCGAGAAUCAC